AUGCAGCGAGUCGGGGGCGGGGCUCCGAGGCCGGGACGCGGCGUCGGGUUCCCGGGCAGCCUGCGCCAGCUGGACCCUGCAGCGCUCCUGAUGCUGCUCGUGGACGCCGAUCGGCCGGAGCCCGUGCGCACCGGGGCGCGGGAGCUCGCGCUCUUCCUCACCCCCGAGCCCGGGGCCGAGGCAAAGGAGGUGGAGGAGACCAUCGAGGGCUUGCUCCUCAGGCUGGAAGAGUUUUGCAGCCUGGCCGACAUGAUCAGGAGCGACACUUCACAGAUCUUGGAGGAAAACAUCCCCCUCCUUAAGGCCAAGGUGAUGGAAAUGCGUGGCAUCUACACCAAAGUGGACCAGCUGGAGGCCUUUGUCAAGAUGGUUGGGCACCACGUCUCCUUCCUGGAAGCCCACGUGCUUCAGGCGGAGCGGGACCACGGGGCUCUCUCUCAGACCCUGCGGAAGUGGCUGGGGUCUUCGGGGCUCCCCACCUUCGGGAACAAGUUGUGGACUCCGGCGGCCCCGACGUUUGAGCUGCCCGCAUUGUACAGAACUGAGGACUAUUUUCCUGUGGACGCCGGGGAGGCAACGCCCCGAGCCCCCAGCGGCCAACGGCGUCUGUGAGCCCUGCGGUCCUGCCGUCAGGGACGUCAGGAAGUGACAUCUGUGUGCAGAGCAGAUUGGUUUUUUUGUUGUUUGUUUUUGUUUGUUUUUUAUUGUCGUGGAUUCCUUUUCUGAAUUUUCCUCCUUGCUUCACUUGGGCCCAUGGGGUUUGGAGAAGCAUUUGGAACCCACAGGUGGGCAGUGCUUCAGCGAUAAGCUGGAGAAGGCCUUCUCCACCAGUGUUUGGCCUGCCUGGUAUUAUGGACAAGGUGGUCACCCUGGGUGAUGGGCUGUGGGGUCUCGGAUUUCCCUUUCCCUCUGAAGGGCUUUGCACAGGAAUCGUGGGGGGCUCGCGCGGUGCCACCAGGGUGUUUGGCUCCAGGUCCAUCUGUGUUGGCUGGUCUGUCUGAACCCCAGUGCCCACUGGCCCUGUGAACCGUCUCAAUAAAGGUGUCAAGAGGUCACCUGGGUGGAAAUGUAUCCUUGAUGGUGCUCCUGCCACCUGGUCAAGCCUCAUCCUCAGAAUCUGCUUAUUAUAAAGCCCCCGACCUGAGGGAGGGUGCAGCGCUGGCCUUCGCAUCCCAGCAGAACUCAGAGAUCAGUAGGGUUUCCUGGGGUCUUCCAAGGUGUGUUUGCUUUUGUUUCUUCUCAUGCAGAUGAAUUUCCUGCUAUUGUCCUGAAACACCGGAUUCCUCACUUUGGUGAUGGAUAUUUCUAUUUUCUGGA